GGGGAGGCGGAGCAGGAGAAGGUCAGGGGCGGCGCGGCGCGGCGGAGCAGGAGAGAUUGAGGGGCGGCGCGGCGCGGCGGAGCAGGAGAGAUUGUGGGGCGGCGCGGCAGAGUAGUUGAGAUUGAGGGGCGGGCACAGCUCGUACGCCACGGCGAGCGCCUCGCCGCGCGCCCCGUCGAGGCACGACGACUGUGGGAGGCAGAACGCCAUGCUACCCGGACCCAACGCCGGCGGGUGCGCCAGGGCCAGCCGGUCCGCUAGGCCCUGCACGAGCACUACGCGACGCGCUGGAACGCCGUGCUGUGCACGGGCGCACCGACCUGCAGCUCACGCAGCAGCGCAGCGGCCUGAGCGCGGUCGCGGCACACCACCGCCUCGGCGCAGGCGACCAGCAGCUGCACGAGCCGCAUGCCAUCAGCUCGAAUCUCCAUCAGGUUGCGUCCUCGGACCAUAAGCUCCAUCAAAGCCCGUCCAAAUUGCAAUUUUCGACGAAACGUCCAAUGUCGCCACCGAGUUCGCCGGAGGGGGAACUGCCGAGUUCGCCGGAGGAACAAGAACAUCCGUCCAACCGUCCAAUUUUGCCUGCCUAGGCUACACCAGAGAGCACACUGUCCUGCGCUCCGAGCAAGCGCCACUGAUGCUACAAUAGAUGAAAGGGAUGUCUGUCUCCAUAUCAUUUCUAUCUGCGCAACCAAAAGUACACACCUCAGUUUUAGUACAACUGCACAAAAUGAGAUGGCUAUUCCUAGCUGCCGUCCUCUAACCACCAGUCUUCCAGUGCAGGGACGAGCGAAAACAACUGCAUCCUAGUUCGGAAUGCACUUUCUAUGAGGUGAUGCAUGGAC